GAGAGCUCCGCGGGCUCCGAGCCCCCGGCCCCGGGCACCGCCCCACGCCGCCGCCGCCGCGGGAAGAUGGCGAGCCAGAGCCUGCGCCUGCUGCUCCUGCUCUGCCUGGGGCUCCUGAGCUAUCCUGAUGUGUCUGGAAUCUCCAUUGAAACAGAUAACAAAAAUGUGAAAGCAGAGGAGUUUAAAGAGGCUAUUCUUAGUUGCAAACACAAAUUUUCAAAAGGGAUGAGUUUAAGAAUAGAGUGGAAGAAAAUCCAAUCUCAAGGAGUCUCAUUCGUCUACUACAACAGUGAAUUUACAGGUGAUCUCCGAGGCCGAGCAGAGAUGCUGAACACAGGAAUCCGAAUUAGGAACGUGACUAGGAGGGAUUCUGGGACCUACCGCUGUGAAAUCAGUGCCAAGAGUGAAGAGGGACAACGCCUGGGAGAGGCUACUAUUACUCUCACAGUAUUGGUUGCUCCGACUACUCCAGUGUGUGAGGUACCCAGCUCCGCAAUGACAGGAACGGUCGUGCAGAUGAGUUGUAAGGAAACUGAGGGCUCCCCUCCAUCUGAGUACCAGUGGUACAAGAAUGGUGUUGCCUUGCUGGAGAAGACAGGAACAGGCAGUGCUAGAGCAGCAAACAUAACUUACACCAUGAAUAAAAAGUCUGGCACUCUGCUGUUUAAUACAGUUACAAAGAAUGACACUGGAGAGUAUUUUUGUGAAGCCUCCAAUGGGAUUGGAUUAUCUCAGAAAUGCUCAGUGAAGCGAAUGCAAGUUGAUGACCUUAAUGUAAGCGGUAUCAUUGUGGCUGUAGUAAUUGUGGCUCUGGUGAUGGUGCUGUGUGGCCUUGGAGUAUUCUAUGCCCAAAAAAAGGGCUACUUUGCAAAGGAAAGUUCUUCCCAAAAGAAGACAAACUAUCAAUCUACAAGUGAAAAGGCAAGUCUUUCAUGUUCACUAGUGUGUUUGAAAAGCUUUAGAUAUCUUCAAAGUUCCUUAGAUCUGUAAUGUCUUUCCGUGUACACAAACUCCUCACUCCUGCUGUGCCCGUACCUGGCAACACUUUAUCUGCAUUAACAGCUUCCUAUUGCAUGGUCUUAAGUGCAACACUUUGCUCCAUACUUUGCAUCUUCUUGUACAUAUUGAUUAACUAACUGAGACACAGUCCAAGACAGCAGUGAGAGAAAGAUUGGGCCCUAACUCUUCUAAGAAUAAUGUGGGUCAAAAGACUUGAAAUAUGGAAGCUGAAUUUACUACUUCCACCUCCCCUUCCUUGAGUCAGCUCAAAGGGCUUUUACUACAUCUACACAGUUCCAGCUUUUCAGAUUGGUGCAAAAGGAAUAGAGUUCUAUGUAAAACUUCAACUAGGAGUGACUCAAUAUCACUAUCUACAGUUUAAGGACAAGAGGAGUUAAAGUAGCAUGAGUAAACUGAUGUAACCUUAAAAGAUCCCCGAACACCACCCAUUUUCUUAAUCAAAACAGAACAUAUUAAAUCGCAUAAACUUAAUCCUUGACCUAGUAUGUAUAUAAGAAACUUACUGAGACCAACUGUUUGCUCUGAGUGAGAAAGAUAAAGCUUUGAAGAGCUAUGGUAUCUGUUUAUCAUUGUUAAUGCACUUAAAAAUCUGAUGCUCUGAACAGAGCUGUUUGAUACCUAUAUUUAUUAAUAGGUUGCUACUUCUUUGUAGAAUCCAUUUUGUAGACCUCCCAUCUCAGAAAAGAACAUUUACUAACAGCACAUCAGACAUAUUUCUUGUCAAGCUCAGUGCCUUAGUUUCUUCUGAAAUGUACACUAAAUAUUAACCUGCUUAAAAUCUUUGAACUAUUAUUUAUUGUAACCCUGUUUGCUUCAUUUAGGAUUUCAAGCAUACCAAGUCCUUUGUUAUUUAGAAGAUUUCAGCCUCUGUGAGGGACAUCAAAUUACUACUUGUUAUACAAAAGUAUCAAUGUCCUGGUUUCAGCUGGGAUAAUUUUCUUCAUAGUAGCUGUGUUUUGGAUUUAAUAUCAGAAUAAAAUUGAUAACACACUGAUGUUUUAGUUGCUGCUGAGUAGUGCUUACUCCAAGUCAAGGAGUCCUCAGAUUCCCAUGGUCUUCCAGGGAGGAGGUGCAGAAGAAGCAGGGGCAGAGCACAGCUGGGACAGCUGAUCUGAGUUGUCCAAAGGGAUAUACAGAAUCACAGAAUCAUCGAAUAAGCUGAGUGGGAAGGGACCCAUCAGGAUCAUGAAGUCCAGCUCCUGGCCCUGCACAGGACACCCCAAGAAUCACACCAUGUGCCUGCCAUGUUGUCCAAACAUUUCUGGAACUCAAACAGGCUUGGUGCUUGCUGACUGCCUCCAUGCCAGAAUGUCACUCCCGGUAUUUAAACUGGGGAAGUUGGCCAGGAGGAGCCAACUGCUGCUGGGGGACAGGCUGGUCAUCAGUCCGUGGGUGGUGAGAAACUGUUGUGCAUCACUUGCCUUUUUUGGGCUUUACUCCUCUCUCUCCUUUUCACUACAAUUAAUAGUAUUGUUGUUUUUAUUAGUAUUAUUAGUAUCUUAUUUUACUUUGUUUCAAUUAUUAAACUGUUGUUUUCUCAACCCACCAGUUUUACUUUUUUUUUUCCAGUUCUCCCACUGGGCUGGAAUGGGGACAGUGAGCAAACAGCCACAUGGGGCUGAGCUGCUGACUGAGCUGCUGGCAGUUCUUUUUGGCACCCAAUGUGGGACUCAAAAUGUUGAGACAAAACCAGAUCUGACUAGAGCAUGUUAAAACAAGUUUGUUAUAAGCCUUCAUUGUAUUGGUUUAAUAGUUGCUGGUCACCAUAUUGGUUCAUUUGCUCUAGGCUUGGGCUAAGGUUAUCACUGUGUUGUUCUGUGUUGUACUGGCUUGUGAAAUGAUAGAAUGACAUGAGCCUGUCUGGUGUGUGUCCCCUCUGUCCUUUGGGAGCCAUCUGCUGGAAACUAUCCACAGUUACAUCUACUGCCUUUUACCAUCAGAGAGCCAACCCAUGGGAAAAACACCUUCCUUCCCCUCCAGGAUUAUUACAAUAGCAUUUGAGAAUUUAAAAGACUUUGCAUAUCCUGUGACUACCCUUGAACCUGGUCCUUUUGGUAACAAUCAGUGUGUUGUUGCAUUUGGUUCAGGCCUUAUUUAGGGUUAGGAAAUUAUCUGUGACAACCAAAACUCCACUGACGUGUACUGUACCUACACAAACUUCAGUAACAGGCCAACAAGAGGCAACCACUCAAUCCUUACUCCUGAGUGAGCUGCAGGAUAUACAUAAAUAUUUCAGCUGUUGUCCUGAUGAGCAUCCUACCACCUAGCUGUUCCAAUGCUGGGAUAAUGGGCUGGAACUAGAGGGAAGGAAUCACUUUCUAAGAAAGCAAGCAUUGACAAGGUGAUUGCAAGAGAGACACAAGUCCCCAGCCUCUGGAAGUGACUCCUGUCAAGCCUGAAGGAAAGGUAUCCUUACAGGAAUGACACUACAUGUCACCAUGCAAGUGGAAAGAUAUCCAAUACUUGAGGGAAUUAGCCAUGCUAGAGAUUUAUUUUGACCCGGACAAUACAAGGUUCCCCACAGAUCCAGACCAAUUCCUUUGAGGUGGAAGUUUGUAGAGUGUAUCAAGAGUACACACCAACCCACUGGCAACAUCAAUCUGAAAAGACAUCACACCACCAUCUGUGGAUACAGUGGCUUGCCAUCUCUGGGAAUUUGAAGACAACCUCUCCUCCUCUCUCAUCUGUGAAGAAACUAUCAGAUAAACUGUCCCAGGAGUUUCAGCAGCUCAAAGAGUUUAUGUUCUAUUCCUCACCUCUACAGCCCCAUGCUAAUGACAGUAGGCAUUGCCCCAAGAGGGAGGAUAUGGAAGGUACACACCAUGGGAUACCCUGUGGGUUUAGCUGAGACACCACAGAGAAGGCAUGAAGAAUUGGGAUGGGAGACCUACCGUGACCCUAGAGACAUGAAUUGUAAGGAAAACAAUCCCAAAUUGAGGUUCUUCCAGGAAAGCAGCUACUCCCAUCUCCAGUGGAUGGUUUUCCAGGCAGAGUGGAAGGGCUGAAUUUACUCCUGAUCCCAUAGAAAGAAAUUCUAAUCCAUUUCUUCAAAAUGUAAGCUUAAAUGUAGGUUUUUUUGAAAAUGCAUAUUCCAAACUAGUCUGAUUGUAAGCCUUCUUUAUCAAGUGAUUCAGAAGAAUGAUUUCACAUGGGGCCCUGAGCAACACCUUUUCAACAGAAUAAACUAGAAAUACUUGGAAAACACUCAGAUGCUUGGGCCAAGGAACAUGGCAUUUAGUGGGUAUAUUGUAUCAUGCACCAGCUGAGAAAACCACAUGAUCCAAUGGACUGUUAGACUACACUGAGAGCAAUGGCCAGGGGGAACCUUCAAACAUUGGGAUGCACAUUGGCAAAGGCCACCUGGUGAGUCAUCUGCCAAGUGGGCUGGCCCUGCCCAAUCAAAACUUUUACUGUAGAAGAGAAUAAAGUUCCUGUAGUGCACAUGAAAACUGUGCUGAUGAAGACAGUCUGGGUUGUUCUUGCCUUGGGCAAAGGCAAACUCAUCUGUGGGAUUGUUUUUGCUCAAGGACUUGGGCAUACUUGUUAAGAUGGAAGGAUCUGCAAGUCUGGUUUGUGCAUUGGUUUCAUUGAAUAGCCAGUGCAUUGCGUGAUGUUAAUUGUUGUGAAAUGCUGUGUAUUAGCACUUUUACAUCAGCUGCAUGCCCACAAUUGUACUGGGCACCUCAUGGUGCCUGUCUCCACCCCUCCAGCUUUGGGGAUGUGAACUCAGCUCCCUUUCAACUGCCCUAUUAAGAAUCAACUGUGAAACUGUGAUGUAACGGGACAAGCAGAGCAGUGACGGAAUCAGAACUGGCUUCAACAUGCACCAAUCCAACACCAGACCCCCUCUUUCCUGCCCUGAAAGACUGUUCAUGACACUCACAGGUCACAACUGUAUACGCCAAAAGUCAUGGACUGAAUGAAUUCAGUAGACAUCUACGGGGAUUGUCUAUAGAUAAAGGAAAUGGUAUCUGUGUGUGCAUCUAUAAAAAGACAGGAAAGGUGCUGGUAUAUUGGGAAGUGUGGGAUCUGGCAUGACAUAAAUGGUAUGGAAUAAGCAGCUGAUACUUCUCUGGUUUCAGCUGGGAGUUAAUUUUCUUCCUAGUAGCUGGUACAGAGCUGUUUUUUUUUAAUUAGUAUUAGAAUAAUAUCAGUAAUACAAUAAUGUUUCAGUUGUUGCUCAGCAGUACUUACCCUGACUCAAAGACUUUUCAGUGUCUGAUGCUCUGCCAGUGAGAAGGUGCUCAAGCCACAAGGGAUCAGGGCCAGGACCCUGACCUGAACUGGACAAAGGGAUAGAACAUCAUGCCCAGAAUUUAAACUGGGGGGAAGUUGGCUGGGAGGGGCCAUUUGCUGCUGGGGAACAGGCUGGACAUCAGUCAGUGAGUGGUGAUGAGCACUUGUGCUCUGAUCACUUGUGCUUCUCAGGUUUUCUCUUUCUCUCUUUUUCCCAUAUUAUGACUUUGGUUCAAUUAUUUAAGUGCUUUAUCUCAACCCACAAAUUUUGUUUCUAAUUCCCUUCCCUACAGUAGGGGGAAGGGACAGGGAGUGAGCCAGAGGCUAUGGGAUGCUUAGUUGCUGGCUGGGGUUAAAACCACAAGGGAUCUUUUGGCCUCUGCUCUGUAAAUAUCGUUUCCAUGUCUUACAUGCUGAAAAUAAAAACUGCCAAUAUUUAGUCAACCUAGCUGUGAUGGUAUUUCAAAAAAAAAACAACCCCCAAAUAAACUUGAAGACAAAUUAACUUGUAUAUUCAAUUUAGUUCUGUGUGAAAGCUUCUCAUUUUGUUCAUAUGUACAUGCAGCUAUACAAGAUUCACUCUUGCAGCUUGGAAAAAUCUAUUCAAAUAACUUUCAUAGGUGAUCUCACUACUUGUGUCUCAGCCAUUGUCAAGGGCUCAUUUUCUCCUGCAAUUGUGAUGUACUAGGACUUAAGAGAUGACUUUGGCAAAUCUGAUACAAUUGCAAAGCAUGUAGCAAUAAACUCACUAUGCUGACAAAAUAAAUCUUCCUGUAAUAAAAG